AGCUCUCUAAACAGCCACGCCCAUACCCCAUCCCUCAGUCAAGGCGCGUGUCCAACGCAGUAUCAAAUUCCAGUCCAAGCGGCAUUGCGCCUUUUGAACCGACCGGUGAAGUGCCACCUCCAAGUUAUGCAUCCAUAGAGAGCGCGCCUGGACCUCUCUUUGAGCAGCGUUUGAGAAGUCUUUUCCAUGAAAACAAUGGCAAAGAUCGGGAUUCGCCGGAGAAGGAUGUCCCGGAACAUUUGGAGCACGAAGACUCUAGUGACCUUCCUUUCACCCCUGAGUGGACUUCCACCAAUGAGUUGAUCAAGGGCAUUCCUCACCAGGCUUUUCCCAAGGAGGCCGAGUCCAACCGGCUUUUGGAUCUCUUCAAUUCAUAUAUGGGCGUGACACAGCACUUCCUAGACCAGCGAACGUUUACCGAUAACAUGACGUUGUUGUUCCAGAGUCAGGCCUCGCGUGCCAGGCAAAUGGACACUCCGUGGUUCACUCUGUACUUGUUGGUAAUGGCAAUGGGUAAGUUGAUGGAGGAAGAUCCCCGCGAGGUCCGGGGUCCUCCGGGAGCGUUCUGGUUCGCAGAAGCGAUGAAACGGCUUCCGCCACUGCACAGCAUCAGCGAGUACGGUAUUGUCGGUCUCGAGAUUCUCUGCCUGGCAACCACAUAUUUGCAGUGGAACGACAGGAAAAACGAUUCAUAUUUCUUCGUGGGAAUAACUGUGCGGCUUGCCCUGACAUUAGGCUGUAACCUGCCAUUCUCAGAGCAAAAAUGCCUUCCCUCAGAGAGAGCGCACCGAAUGAGAGUGUGGUGGACGGUAUAUAUGUUGGACCAACGCAUAUCCGCAGGGCUUGGACGUCCGGCUUCUGUCGAUGAUCGCCACCUUUCCUUUGAUCUUCCGGGGCCGUCGCCGGGCUUCGAUUCUCCUGAACCGCUCAACGUGAAUGUACAGAUUGCCCGUACAACGGGCGAGAUCAUGUCGUCACUGUACAGCAGAGGUGCCUUAUCGCAAGCCGACCUUGUCCGGAAGAUGCGCAACCUUCUCCAGUCGCUUCAUGACACUGGCCGAUCUAUACCAGCAAACCUUUCCAUAGACUUCAGCAACAAGCAGUUUGAAGUCACCAGGGCCGGUGCAUCGCUGUAUCUGAGGCUGUUUCAGGCAAGCUGGCUCCCUUCCCCUCUCGCAUGUUACUCCUCUGGGCCACCUUUGAAGGACAAGGUUCAAAAAACAGAAAAGCAGGGACCAGUAUCAUCAGCAAUAUCUCAGCUCUGCUUGCUCUGCAACGAAUCCGCCUUGAGGAUUAUUCGAAUUCUCAUGGCUAUGCAGAGGCAAGAGGAAAUCGCACCGUUCGCCUUCUUCGACCUAGACGCGGCUUUUGCUGCUUCUUUUGUCCUGAUCAUGCGCGGUUUUGCACACAAGAACGAUAGCCAAAAACCACCGCCACAAGAACUAUUUCAAGCCAUCGAAUUUAUGGAGUACUUGUCCCAGGCUGGCAACAAUGCGGCAGCGCAGCGCCUCAAGGAUAUACGGCAGUUCUCGGCUCAUGUGUGGGCCAAUGUAGUAGCCUUCGAUAGGGACCAUGACGUACAAAUGGGAGGAGAAUCCGGGGAAGCACAUGGGCUGCCCCACGUGGGGAACACUCCCGGGUCAGUAUUGGCGGAACAGUCGGGGCAGCCGUCGACGUCCCAAAUGCCACUGACCACACUGACGCCGACUUCUUCGGUGCCAUCGUGGGAGGGUGAGAUGUUUGGAGGACCUGGCGCGGAUACUUAUGGGUCGGAUACGUUGUUUGGCUUGAAUCUGGACGAGAAUCUUGAGCAGGCCUUUGGAUUGGAGGCUGCUGAGGGCAUCUACAACAGUUUCAAUGACCCUACACUGCCUCUUACAGGAGUUGAUCAGCUCGAUUGGGCCGAGUUAGAAAAGAUGAUGGCACCGGGUGGGUAUGGCUCAUAG